CUUCUACCUUCUACAAUCUCUUUCCUUUUCUUUUCAUUCUUUCCCUUUUCUCCCUUCCUCUCCUCAUUCUUCCCAGAUCUAGGUUUAGGAUAUGAGGACGUUAGGAUUAAAAAUGUUUACUACAAAAGAAUGUUAGCAAGCAUGCCUAGGCAUUUAAAGUCUUUGGCAGGUGAUGAUAGUAUUAGGGAUGUUAUGAGGAUUGUCAGAAAAGAGAUGAUAUGUGAGUUUUAUGUGGACCAUGAGGUUAAUUUUGCUGAAAUUGCUCCGCUACCAAUAGGUUGGAUUGAUAAUGAUGUAGUUUAUGAGGAUUGGGGACCACAAGAUAAGGUAGGCCAGAAUGGCAACAAUGAAGUUAAUGAGGGAGAAGAGGAAGGUGACAUAGGGAACAUAACCCAAGAUAGGCCAAUUGGUGGUAAUAAGGAAGCAGAUCCUGUUGAUGGUAGUGACAAAGAUGAUGAUGAAGCCAUUGCUGUGAAGGCUAUUGCAAGGUCUCUAAGGAGACCAACAGAAGGAUUAGAAGUUCCUCCAGGUUUUAAGGGUUCAAAAACAGGGGUUAGGUACAAAACUGUUGCAAAGAAACCAACUCCUUUAUCUACUCCCACAAAGAAAGCAACAGAUCCAACCUCAACAUCUACAAGCAAAGGGGUUCCAAUAGAUCCUGUUGAGAACGCCAGAAGGAGAAAGGAAAAGGCCAAGCUUGCAGAGAAGAGGUAUAAAACAUUGCCACAAGGUAGGGGGUCUUACAAGGGGAAGGACUUAACCCUUAAAAAAGGAAAGAAGGGAGAUCCAGUACAUCCAUCCCAAUCAGUUCUAGUUGAUAAUGAUGAGUGCUUAUACAGUGAUAAUGAUGGGAGAGAUAGUGAAUAUGCUCCAAGUGAUGAUGCUGGCAAGUUGAGAGACUCAUCAACAGAUUCUGAAGAUGACAUUUUUCUUGCUCCUAGGGCAGCAGAUAGACCAAGAAGAGCUGCAAAUGUCUACUUUAAUCCUGCUUGGGAUGUCCCUAGUUUUGAAGUUGGAAUGAGGUUUCAAAGUUCCAAACAAUUCAAGGAAGCAGUCAAACGUUAUUCUGUGAGGAAAGGAUGUCCUUUUAUACACAUUAAGAAUGAACCUAAAAGGCAAAGGUUUGUUUGCAAAUCUGGUUUGUGUAGCUGGGAGAUUUAUGCUUCAUUUGAGAAGAGGGACGACAGUUUCAAGGUAAAGAGUUACUAUCCUGAACACACUUGCUUCAAAAAUCCUAACAACAAGAUGAUGACUUGUGAGAUGGUGGCUGAGUACUUUAAAAGUAGAAUUUAUGCCACUUCUUUCAUAAAAUGUAAAGACAUGAUGAGAUUUGCUUAUAAUGAGCUUAGGGUAAAUGUCAACUUCAAGAAAUGUGAAAGGGAGAUGGAAGGAAAUUACAGAGAUGAGUAUGCUAUGAUUAAUGCGUUUGGGAUGUACUUGAAAGAAGUAAACCCUGGGAACUUAGUUUUUAUUACAACUGAUGAGAAUUCUGCUAGUGAAAAAGUGUUUAGCAGGAUGUAUGUGUGUUUGAAAGCAGUUAGUGAUGGUUGGAAAAAAGGAUGCAGACCAAUCUUUGGGGUUGAUAGUUGUUUUCUUAAAGGAAUAUGCAAGGGCAUACUGUUAUCUGCUGUUGGUAGAGAUGGAAAUAACCAAAUGUACCCAAUUACAUGGGCUGUCGUUGAGUCAGAAAACAAUGAUUCUUGGCAAUGGUUCAUGGAAAAGCUUGCAAAUGAUUUGGAGUUGGGUGAUGGACAUGGUUACACCGUGAUUUCUGAUAGACAUCCAGGCAUUAUUAAUGCAAAGACAGAGGUAUUACCAUUGAUUUGGCAUAAAUAUUGUGCAAGGCACCUCUACUGCAAUCUUGCAAGGCGAAAUAGAGCUGAUGACAUCAAGCUUGCAUUUUGGUUGGCAUGUAGGGCAACCAAUGAGUUCGACUAUCUGGACAAAAUGGAUGCUUUAAGGGCGUUGUCUGAGGAGGCUUAUGCUGAACUGAAUGAACUACCUGACAAAAAGCUAUUUGUUGAUACAUGGGCAACUAAUAUUGCACCAAGAGUUCUGAAGAAGAUCAAUGAUAAUAAUAACCUGUCAAUGAAAUGCAAUGUGAGGUGGAAUGGUGACAAUGACUUUGCUGUGUUUGAUGGGCAUACACAGCAUACACAUGUGGUCAAUGUCCAUGAAAGAAAUUGCUCAUGUAGAGAAUGGAACCUCACUGGAAUUCCUUGCUCACACGCUCUUUGUGCAUUAAGAUUCAAAGAUUGGAGUUUUGAGUACUUUGUUGAUGAGUACUACAAAAAGGAAAAGUACCUUCAAACUUAUGGGACAGCACUAGAAUGCCUCAGAGGGAACGAAGUGUUGAGGAGGAGGCUAGAAAGAGGAUGUUUGCCACUGGAGAUGAGAUCAAUGCUAGGGCGCCCUAGAAGGAAUAGAAGAAGGGCAAAGGAUGAGCCUUUGAAACUGAAGAAAGGGAAAUUGACCAAGUUAUCAAAGCAUGGAUCUGUGUACACUUAUAGUGUGUGUGGUGAACAAGGGCACAACAAAGCUGGAUGUCAAGAAAACAGGUAAAAAAAGUUCAAAUCCCACACAAAAACCAAAAGUAGCAAAAAAGAGCACAAAGGUUAGUAAAAAAGGUGAUACUAUCUAUCUGGGAGGGGUCGAAGGAAGAACAAGAAAAGCAAAACGAAAGCUUAAUGAUAGUGUAAGAAAAAAUAACAAUAUUUACUGUGU